AUGGAGGCGAUGAUGGACAGAGUGGGAAUAGUUUGUGGUUUGGAGGGUAUUAGUGGAAAGACAAUUAGUUUGAGUGGACAAGAGUUGCUGUCAUUGUUUGAGGAGGAAGAGCCUAGUUUGGAGGAAAUAAGGGAAAGUUUUGGGGUGUUUGAUGCAAAUAAUGAUGGGUUUAUAGACUGUAGUGAGCUGCAAAGGGUUGUGUGCAACUUAGGGUUGAAGGAAGGGUGUGAGUUGGAGGAUUGCAAGAAGAUGAUCAAAGCUUUUGAUGGUAAUGGAGAUGGGCUCAUUGAUUUUCAAGAUUUCAUCAAAUUGAUGGAAAGUUGUCUUUGUUGA